CCUUUGGCUGUUUUGUCAGCAACUUUUGUGUUCACUUUCAACAAAAAAAGAUGGCUGAAGGUUUCAAGUUUUCGCCCUGCGUCUUUAAUGGCCAGGGAGCUGUGGAGCAAUCGUUGUACGCCUUGGGAGCGGUAUCCAAAGGCAGCACCUCCGUGGGCAUCGUGGCAGCCGAUGGCGCUGUCAUUGCCACAGCAACGAGAAUGUCUUCGCCACUGAUGGAGCCGCGCGGCAUUCUGCACGUGGCCCCCAUAGACACCAUGAUUGGAAUGACUUAUUCCGGAUUGAGUGGCGACUUUCACUUGCUCAAGAAGCAUGCCCAGAAAGGUGCCCAAGACAUUAAGCUGAUCAAUGGCGUUCCGGUCGAAGUUAAGCAGUUGGCCCACUGCCUGGCAUUUGUCAUGCAGGAGCACAUCCACUCCGCGAGUGCGCGACCCUUUGGAGCUGCCCUGCUGAUCGCUGGCUGGGACAAGGGCCUGCCGCAGCUGUACGCAUGCAGUGCCGACGACUCUUACUUCCCCAGAAAGGCCAUUGCACUGGGUCGUAAUGCUGCCGAAUGCACGAAUCUCCUGGAGCAGCGAUACAACAAGAAACUCAAAGUAGAAGACGCCAUCAACGCGGCACUGUUGGCCUUAAAGAAAGGUUAUGAGGAGGAGCAGAAGGGUCCCAUGCCCAGCGAAGCCAUUCAAAUGGGCAUUGCGUAUCCAGAAGGUUUCGAGCGUGUGGAAUUUGAUAUUGUGGAUGAGUUUUAUGCCGAUUGUGUUUAGUAUUUGUUAAGGAAUAAAGCUGCGAA